AUGAUUGAUUGGGUAACUAUUUUACUUGCUUUGGUAAUAAUUGCCGCUUUGAUUAGUGGUUUUGGUUUUGUGGCAUGGAAAAUGAAUAUGUCUGAUCCAUUAACACCAACUAAUUUAACAGGAAAAAAAGAUGAUACAAAUCAACUUUUUGAUUCUGUAAAUGACAAGAAGAAAAAGGAUAAACAUGGUAAUGAUUCUAAAAAGAAGAAGCGUAAUGUUCAAAAAAAAUCCAAACGUGAUAAUAAAGAAGAAGAAGAUGAAGAUGAUGAUGAGAAUGAACAAACACAUGUAGUUAAAUUUAAGGAGCCAACGUUACAAUUAGGUGAAGAUACUGAUGAUGAAAGAGAAGAAAGUGAACAAGAAGCAUCAACAGUACCACAAGUUGUCGGAACAUCAAAAGCUCGUAGACGUAAAAAUAAAGCACGUGCAACAACGCCACCACCUUCAUCAGCACGUUCAUCAGGUCAAAUUGAAGGUAUUCUUGCAAAUAAAGAUGAAAAAAGUCCAAUUACAAAUCGACCUCAACCAAUGCCUCAUCCGAAAUUAGCAAUUAUGAUACCUAAAGAUGAGGUUGAAUUGGCCAAAGAACAUCAACAACAUGCUAAAUCUGCUGUUAAGUCAUCGCAACCAUUGAACAAACAAAAUGUAGCUGCUGUUGCUCCUGCAUCGGUCAAGAAACCAACACCAUCAUCAACAAAUGCCAAUCAAGGAGCUCAAAAGCAACAACAACAACAGGAACAACCAUUUACUACAGUUGUUGGAAAAGGACAUAAAUCUGUACCACCGCCAUCACAACAACAACAACAACAACAACCUAAAACGGUUAAUACAACAUCAUCAACUUCAAGUGUUGUACCAACCCCUUCUGUUCAACAGCAAGCUCCACCAGUUCAACAACAUGAACAAUUAGCUCAACGUCAAGCUCCAGUUCAACAGCGUGAACAAUUACCUCAACGUCAGGCUCCAGUUCAACAACGUGAACAAUUAGCUCAACGACAAGCUCCAGGUCAACAACGUGAACAAUUAGCUCAACGUCAACCACCUCGUCAACAAAAGGAAGCACCAGUUCAACUCAAUGGAUUUAAAACACCUUCAGUAGCUGUAAAACAAUCAACUGUUGUUACUCCUACUGUUGCUUCAGCUUCACCAACGAAACUUGCAGAUAUUGUUAAGACUCUUCCAACAUCACAGACUGUUGUUACUGAACUUAUGUCAGCACUCGAUGCAUUUCCUUUAUCAACAGAUGAACUUGAUAUAAUUAUGCAUAAAAUUGCUAAUAAACAGACCGUACUUAAACAAGACUGGAAUAAAUUACAAUUUGGUCAUAAAGUUGAUCCACAAGCACAUAUUGGUCAAGCUUUGGAUGAAUCAACUAGAGCAUAUGAGCAAGAUAUGCAAAGUAAUGCAAUGAAACAUAUCAAGGAAUUAACUGAUGAACGUAGUAAUGAUAAACGUCGAAUCAAUGAUUUAAUAAAAGAAGGAAAUGAAAAAGAUACGAAUAUUCAAUUACUUCGUACUCAAUUAAAUUCAGUACAACAUCCUUCACAACAAUUUCAAACAUAUGAAGUAGAAUAUAGAAGACUUAACGAAGAGAAUUUACAAUUAAAACAACGAUUAGCUCAACAACAACAACAUUUUCAACAACAACAGCAGCAACAGCAACAACAACAACAACAACAACAACAACAACAGCAAUUUUCUUCAUUAAAUUUAAUGAACAAUAAUUCUGAUCCAGCAAUGAUACAGAAUCGUGUUAUAGCUGAGCAAAUCAAAAAAUUAUCAAUUGAUAAUGGAAAAUACGAAAAACAACUUCAAGAGAAAGACUUAACAAUUAAAGCAAUACAAAAAGAAAAAGAAGAUUUAAUCCGUACAAAUCAACAAUUCGCUCAAAAAGCUCAAGAAGGCCAAAAACAAUCUCAACACAAUGGAGAAAAAUUACUUAAAGAAUUACAAGAAAGUCGAACAUUACAUAUGAAUCAAAUAAAUGAAUACAAACGUCGUAUUGAAGAAUUAGAAUUAAAUAAUGAACAAUUAAGACAGAAAGAAAUUGCUCAUGUUGAACCACAAACUACAUCAUCAUUAAAUAAUGAAGAACGUCAAAAACUUGAGCAGGAAAUAAAUAAAUUAAAUCAAGAAAAUGAGCAAUAUAAAAAGAAAUUCGAUGAAAUUCAAAAUCAAUAUCAAUCAAAAGAAAAUCAAUUAAGACAAGAAAUUGAACAACUUAAAAAUAAUUCUGAGCAACGUCAACAUGAAGAGAAUUUAAAUAACGAAUUACGAGAUAAAAAUGCUCAAAUUGAUGCAUUAAAAGCAGAACUUGAAGAAGCCAAAGCAAAGAAUGAUUUAACAAAUACACAAUCGAAUGAACGUCUUCAACAAGAACAAGAAAAACAAAAACAAUUGCUUAUUGAACUUCUUGAACAAGAUGCCCGAAAUCAAUUACAGAAUGAUAAUCAAGAUUUCAAUAAAUGGCUUUCGUCUUAUAAACAAAUACUAACAUCGAGUAUUGAAACAAACAAGCGGGUUCAACAAGAUGAAGCUGAAAAAUAUAAACGUGAAAAUGAUCAACUCCAUAAAAAUAUGAAUGAUAUCGAGAAUCAAUUAAAAGAAAUCGAACAAACAGUACAAAGUAAAGAAGAAACGUUACUUGCUGAUCUUAAAAACAAAGAUGCUAUACUUGAACAAAUUCAAAAUGAGAAUGAUCAAUUAAGCGGUGAGCUAGGACGUCUUCGUAUCGAAAUUGAUCGCUUACAAACAGCUCAUAACACAGCAAUUAAUGAUACUCAUGCAUUAAAACGUCAACUUGAUGAACGAGUUCUUGUUAAUGAUAAUAGUUCAUCUUUUAAUGGCGACGAAUCAUUUGAAUUUGUAAAACAGUCACCAUCACUACCUUCGACUGAAGGAAAUACUCGUGUCGAGCAAUUGCACGAAUUAAUUCGAUCAAGCAAAGAAGUUCUUGACAACCAAGACUCAAUUGUUCAACAGCUUGAUAGACAUAUAAACGAAAUGCACCGCGGUGGAGCCGGAGAGAUUUUUUGUUUUUCCGUAAUGGCUCAUUCAACAUCAUUACCUUCAUCUACUAUUCGUCAUAUUUUAAUAACUGGACAACCAGGUCUGUUUCUUUUUAAUCGUUAG